AGUCAGCAAAGCCCACAUUUGCAGUUGUGAAGCACACUGGUAUUUAAUGCAUGCUGUGUUUUACUUUAUACUAAAAUAUGGUUUAUUAACAUUAAAUUUCUUCUCUUCCAGUAACCCUUACCUGUCUGCCUAAUUACAUGCGGGCAAUCAUCAGGAGAUCCUACCUGAGCUCCCGAGGGUACCUUGCAGGGAGCAUCCACCUGCGAGACCCCAGGUGCAGGCCUGUGAUCACCAGUUUCCAUGUCACCUUCCGCAUACCGUACAACGGCUGUGGCACGAGGAGGCUGAUAACACGUGGAGCCAUCACUUAUUCCAACACAGUGGAAGGAUCCACGUCUGGCAACCUCUACAGCAGAAAUAGGAACUCGCUGCUGAACCUCGCCUGCAGAAUAUACAGCAAUCCCGGUUUCGAAACUGUACCCAGUAUUAGAGAGCCUCCGUACCAGCAAACUCCAUCUGGACGAUUUGUUGUCCAGUUUGCCUUUUAUGAUUCACCAUCUUUUUCCAAUGUAGUGAGGGCUCCACCAUACUACGUUCUGCCAAACCGGGAUUUGUUUGUUCGUGCUACUCUCUACAGCGUGGAUCCGAAUCUGAUGCUGUUCACAGACACGUGUGUGGUGUCUCCAAAUCCUAAUGACUUUACAACUGUGGCAUCUGAUAUAAUAAGAAGAGGGUGUGUAAGAGACCCAACCUAUAGGAGCUACUAUUCACCAGACAGGAGGAUUGUCCAGUUCAAAUUCAGAGCCCCCAGCUUUAUUGGCAGAUACACAUCUGUUUACCUACAGUGCAAAAUGGCAGUGUGCAACAGAUACAAUUAUUCCUCCCGAUGCUACCAGGGCUGCAUAAGGAGAGACAAAAGAAGCACAAGUGACAGUGAUGAAGACGUCAUUAUUGUGGUCUCCAGAUUACAGUAGCCCCAAUAGUGCUUCUUCUAAUUAUAAUAUCAUGUUGAUCACUUAUAUACAUGAUCAGUAUGUUGCACACCUGCUAAUAAAUUCUAAAAAUACAUUUUAAUAGGGGGCAUAAAUCUAAAGGUAUUGUAAUCUUAACUGUACUUGUGUUGCUUAAUUUCAGAUUUUUUAAUCUAUACUCCAGAUCUGUAAAAGUCUAAACUUCAUUAAAAAUUCUCAGUGACAAAGUGUAAUUGGAUCAGCUGGGUCAUUUUUCUCAUCAAGGCUGCUUCCCUCUUGUCGUUCUUACCCAUUGUGCUGAAUAGCUCAAAUACUUAGCAUUCAGGAAUGAUUAACCUGCCUUACAGAUGUAAGCAGCAGUGCUGCUUUCUGAGCUCAAGUAGAGACAUAAAUCACAGGAUAAGAAUCCCUUGUAACCAAUAAUGUCUAAGCAAUUAUUGUAAAUAGGAAUCUGGAAAUAUUUGGAAAAAAAUAUUGUACAUGUCCUGAGAUGUAAUCUCUACAAUACCUAUAAGCUAUUAAAAUCUUCCAUAUGUUAGUUUUUAUUACUGGAGACUAGAACUAUAGCACAUUUAUUUUUUUAUUUCGUUACAAGCAUUUGCUUCAUCCUUUCUCUUUCAAUAUCUGUUCAAAUUAAAUCAC